AAUCAUCCCAAAAUUCCAAAUAAAUUCGUUCCUAGAUUCCAAUACCAAAACCAAAAAACCCAAAAAACUCACAAGAAAGUACAAAUGGCAAGUGAUGACCCCAUGACCAAAACAUUUUUCUAUGUUUUCCCAUCUUUGGCGCACAAAUACUCAACGAAAAUGCAUCUCCUCUUCUUCCUUUUGCCAACUCCAACUCUGCAACCUUUCUCUCUCAUCUCUCAUGUACUACCAUUAUACAACACACUGAAACUACAAAAAAUUCUAAAUUAGCCAACAAAGUUGUUGAUUAUUGCAUUAUUAGGCGAUUUCGUCGGCGACAGAGCAUUUGAUCGGUACUAGUGAUCGCUUGCCUAACACGCCAAUGCCAUCGUCGGCGAACACGACUUCGUAUUGGCAGGCCUCCGAUAACAUGGCGACGGAGCACUUGCUCGGCGGCGCUGAGCGGCAGUAUUACAAGCCAAUGUCUUCGCCGGCGACAACGUCGUUUCGUAAAGGCUCCGAUAACACUACGAUGAACUCUCCGAUAUUCGAGGAACUUCCGAAGGCUACCAUAUUAUCGGUGACUAGGCCAGAUGUUACUAAUAUCACUCCUUUGCUUCUUUCUUACACCAUUGAAGUCCAAUAUAAGCAGUUUAAGUGGCUGUUACAAAAGAAAGCAACGCAAGUUCUCUUCUUACACAUAUCUUUGAAGAAAAGAGCAAUCAUUGAGGAAUUCCAUGAGAAGCAAGAGCAGGUGAAGGAAUGGCUUCAGAACCUAGGAAUUUUAGAUCAUGCAGCAGUUAUGCAUGAUGAUGAUGAUGAUUUUGAUGAUGAUGCUGUUCGCCUUCACCAGGAUGCAAGUUUGCGACAUCACAACAUUCCAUCUAGAGCUGCCUUUUCCAUCAUUAGUUCAUCUGUUGGAAGGCAGCAGUCAAUUGCGGAGAAAGCAAAGGUGGCAAUGCAAGGAUAUCUGAAUCACUUUUUAGGCAACUUGGAAAUUGUAAAUUCUCAACAGGUUUGUAAAUUUUUGGAGGUUUCGAAGCUGUCAUUUUUACAGGAGUAUGGCCCCAAGUUAAAAGAGGAUUAUGUGUUGGUAAAUCAUCUAGCGAGAAUAAAGAGGAAAAAUGGCGCUAGACAGUGCUUGCCUUGUGAUUGGUUUGGUUGUUGCAGCUGGCAAAAGGUGUGGGCUGUGCUAAAACCUGGCUUCUUAGCCUUCCUAGAAGAUCCGCUUGAUAUGAAACUAUUGGAUAUAAUAAUUUUUGAUGCAUUACCAUCCAUAAGUAAUGAAAAAGUACACCUGGCUCAUGAGUCUAAGAGCCGCAAGCCUUUACAUUAUUAUUUUAAGAUCUCCUGUGGCAACUGGAAUUUAAGGCUAAGAACUUCCAGCAGUAGCAAGGUCAAAGACUGGGUAGCUGCAGUUAACGAUGCUGUUCAAAGGCAACCCGAGGGUUGGUGCCAUCCUCAUCGUUUUGGUUCUUUUGCACCCCAAAGGAAGCAGGAGGAUGGAAGUGAAGCUCAAUGGUUCGUAGAUGGGGAAUCAGCGUUUGAUGCCAUAGCUACAGCCAUAGAGAAUGCUAAGGCAGAGAUAUUCAUUACUGGUUGGUGGCUUUGUCCAGAGCUAUAUCUGAGGCGUCCUUUUAUAAAUCAUGAGACCUCCCGGCUAGAUGUCUUACUUGAAUCAAAGGCGAAGGAAGGGGUUCAGAUCUAUAUUCUUCUUUACAAGGAGGUUUCUAUAGCUUUAAAAAUUAACAGUCUUUAUAGUAAAAGAAGACUCCUCAACAUUCAUGAGAAUGUGAGAGUGUUACGCUAUCCCGACCAUUUGGCAACUGGAAUCUAUUAUUGGUCACACCAUGAAAAGAUCGUUGUUGUUGAUCACCAAAUAUGCUUUAUUGGGGGCCUUGAUUUGUGCUUUGGUCGUUAUGACACAGUUAAUCAUGGAGUGGGCGAUUUUCCUCCCAGAAUUUUCCCAGGAAAAGACUAUUACAACCCCAGAGAGUCAGAACCGAAUUCUUGGGAGGACAUGAUGACAGACGAAUUUGACCGCCAAAGAUACCCUCGUAUGCCAUGGCAUGAUGUGCACUGUGCUCUUUGGGGACCUCCUUGUCGUGAUGUCGCGAGGCACUUUGUUCAGCGGUGGAACUAUGCUAAGAAAAGUAAAGCACCAUAUCAACGAGCAAUACCUCUACUCAUUCCCCGUCAUCACAUGGUUCUUCCUCACUAUCUAAGAAGCACCGAGAUUAACAUCCCGAAGAACGAAGAAGAGAAACAAAGGGAAGUCAUGAACAAACAGGCUAUAUUUUCCCCUGAAUCACCAGAAUUGGAUAUCCCAAUGCUUUUGCCUCGAGAUUCAGAAGCCUUGAAUGAAUCCAAAUGCAAUAAUACUCUUCAAAAUGAUCAGAGUAGAUUUGAUUUGACAAACAAAGAACACGAGAGUUCAUCAUUCAUCCAGGAUACUAAAGUUGAUUCUCUAACCCAACAUACACAGAUUGACGGCUUGGUAGAUCAACCUCAACAUGAUAACAUGUUUGAUCAAAGGUUAACCUCUUGUAACGAGAAUUCAGUUGAGUGGUGGGAAACACAGGAGCAAGGUAAGGAGGUUGAUUCCACAAGUGAACCUUCACAAACUGGUCCACGUACCUCAUGUCAUUGCCAGAUUAUCAGAAGCGUGAGUCAGUGGUCUGCUGGAACAAGCCAAUCUGAAGAUAGUAUUCACAAAGCUUAUUGUUCCCUCAUUGAGCAAGCGGAGCACUUUAUUUAUAUUGAGAAUCAAUUUUUCAUAUCAGGACUUCAGGAAGAUGGAAUUAUUCAGAAUCGAGUCAUGGAGGCUCUAUAUAGGCGUAUACUUUUAGCACACAAACAACAAAAAUGCUUCAGAGCUAUUAUAGUCAUACCUCUGCUGCCCGGAUUUCAGGGUGGUAUGGACGAUGCUGGUGCUGCAACUGUGAGAGCCCUAAUGCAUUGGCAAUAUCGAACCAUUUGCAGAGGAGAAAAUUCAAUACUCCAGAAGCUUAGGGCUGAACUUGGUUCAAAGACAGAUGAUUACAUUUCAUUUUACGGCCUUCGAACAUAUGGUAGGCUUUACGAAGGUGGACCUCUGGUCACAAGCCAGGUAUAUGUGCAUAGCAAAGUGAUGAUAAUUGAUGAUCGUAUUGCUUUGGUUGGAUCAUCAAACAUCAAUGACAGGAGCUUGCUUGGCUCAAGAGACUCUGAGAUUGGAAUAGUUAUCGAGGAUACGGAGUUUCUAGAAUCAUCUAUGAACGGACAGUCUUGGAUGGCUGGAAAAUUUAGCUCUAGUCUCCGACUUUCUCUAUGGGCUGAGCAUCUUGGCCUCUCUGCUGGGGAGAUGAAUCAAAUCCAAGAUCCUGUCGCUGACAGAACAUACACAAAUUUAUGGAUGAAAACUGCUGAGGCAAAUACCAUAAUCUAUGACGUCAUUUUUAAAUGCACACCCAAUGAUCAUAUACACACGAAGCAUGCCUUUAGACAAAAGAUGUCACAGUUGACAGAGAGUAUUGGGUAUACAACCAUAGAUUUUGGUGUAGCACCUCAAAUGGUUAAAUUUCAUGAAGACGGCCUGCGUAAGACAUUAGACCCUUUAGAGAUGUUAAAGUCUGUUAAGGGAACCAUUGUUUGCUUCCCCUUGGAGUUCAUGAGAGAUGAAGAUUUGAGACCUAUGUUCCACGAAGGAGAGUUUUAUACAUCUCCUGAAGUUUUUCACUAGAAUGCUCUUUUUUUGCUGUAAAAUUAGUACAUAUCAUAGAUUCAUAGUUAGUCACUUAGUUGUGACUUGUGAAUAUGGUUUAGGAGUUAAUUGUUUAUUUUGAGGAAUAUUUGUAAGGUGGGUGGAUAUGGCAGGGGUUAAUAGUUGUAAUUUGUGAAUGGGUCAGGGGUUAAUAGUUGUUAAUUUACGGGUGCAGACUGCAGAGUAGAAAGUCGAUUUUUUUUUCCAGGCCCUUGUACAAAACAUUUUUUUAUUGUUCUGUAUAUAUCUGAAUCCCAAUUUUUUAAA